AUGGGAAAACUCACAGGAUUUCUAAUUUUUUCAAGCCUCUUCACAGGCUUAGUGGUUGCAGCAGAUUGGAACAUUUUGAAAAACCAGAAAAACAAGAACAAUGGGGUAGGAGAUGGCUUGAAGAAGUACUGUGAGAGUUGGAGGAUCAAUGUGGAAGUGAACAACAUUAGAGGUUUUGAUGUGGUGCCCCAAGAAUGUGUCCAGUACAUUCAGAAAUACAUGACAUCCUCUCAGUACAAGGCUGAUUCAGAGAAGGCCUUGGAGGAGGUCACUUUCUACUUGAGCAGCUGCUGCACAUUGGAAGGUGAUGGCAAAGAUGCAUGGAUUUUUGAUGUUGAUGAUACACUUCUCUCCACCAUUCCUUACUUCAAGACACAUGGUUUUGGGGGAGAGAAGAUCAAUGCAACUUCUUUGGAGGCAUGGAUGAGAGAGAGUAAGGCACCAGCUCUUGAGCACACACUGAAGCUCUUCCAUGAGAUAAAAAACAGAGGACUUAAAAUAUUUUUGAUCUCUUCAAGAAGGGAAAACCUUAGAUCCUCAAGUGUGGACAAUCUCAUUAAGGUUGGAUACCAUGGAUGGACUGGUCUUAUAUUAAGGGGUCUUGAAGAUGAGUUCAUGGAAGUGCAAAAAUACAAGUCUAAGGCAAGGCACAGAUUGGUUGAUGAAGGCUACCUCAUCUGGGGCAUCAUUGGAGAUCAAUGGAGCAGCUUUGAGGGCCUUCCAAUUGCCAAAAGGACAUUCAAAUUACCCAAUUCCAUGUACACGACGUUAUUUUAUACACAGUUCUACUUCUUCAAGCAAACGUUUUCAAUUAUGCAGAGGCUAUUGAUGGAGGCACGCCCUGCUUUGUCCAUUCAGAGAUCAGCUGCAAAACAGUUUACUCACCUGGGGGUCUCUGCAGCAAUGUCUUCAUCUUUACCAGUCCUUCCAACCCCUAUGGAAGAGACAUAUCCCAAGUUGCCUGACUCCCAACAGGUGUCCAUGGAAAGAGAACUUAUGACAAGGCCUGUCGUGCAUGCAGGUCACUUAACCUCCAACAGUGGAGUAGUUGGUCACAUAUUUUCAUCAUCAUCAGGAUUCUCAACAGAUCUUCACUACUCAGCUCCUUCACCUCAUGAAAAACAGCCAAAAAACAAUCCUUUCAUUUCUCAGUCAUCGAGUUCUGUGUCUUUGCAAUUACCCCAUUCUUCUCAUUCAGGGUUUCUUCAAUCUACAUCCUCUUGUCCUUAUUCCAAAGAAAACAGUGGUUCCUGGUGUACUGAUUCACUGCCAGGUUUCCUUGAUUUUCCUGUAAAUAACCAUAUCGAGAAUAGUCAAGUAGAGAGCAGUAGUUGUAGCGGGAUUAUGCCUGCUGAAGAAUUUGUUAAGCGAAGUGAUUGGCAGGAAUGGGCAGACCAGCUAAUUACUGAUGAUGAUGCUUUGACUUCUAACUGGAAUGAGCUUCUUGUUGACAACAAUGUCACGGAUCUGGAACCAAAGAUAAAAUAUCAGGUUCCAAAACCAUCUUCGAAUUUUUCAGCACAGCAGCCCCAAGUUCAUCAGCAACAACCUGCUCCAUCUGGGGAAAUCAUUCCUGCUCCUUCUAGAGAACUCAUUCCAGCUCCAUCUAGGGAAAUCAUUUCUGUUACUGCUCCUUCCUCAGCUAAUAGUGCCCCCGCCAAGGCGCGCAUGCGUUGGACACCAGAACUUCAUGAGGCCUUUGUGGAGGCUGUGAACCAACUUGGCGGUAGUGAAAGAGCAACUCCUAAGGGUGUGCUAAAGCUCAUGAAAGUUGAAAGCUUGACUAUCUAUCAUGUGAAAAGUCAUUUGCAGAAAUACAGGACUGCUAGGUACAGACCAGAGUCAUCUGAAGGGUCCUCGGAGAAGAAAUUAACUCCGAUUGAAGAAAUGACUUCUCUUGACUUGAAAACGGGUAUCGAGAUCACUGAAGCUCUGCGGCUGCAGAUGGAAGUUCAGAAACGGCUGCAUGAACAGCUUGAGAUUCAAAGAAAUCUACAAUUACGGAUAGAAGAACAAGGGAAAUAUCUUCAAAUGAUGUUUGAGAAGCAAUGCAAGACCGGUAUCGACACGCUGAAGGCAUCAUCAUUGAAUUUGGACGACCCCGCUGACCCUUUAGAUGCAAUGCAAGCUUGUCCUGACAAAAGUGAACUGGAGCCCUCCAAGGUGGACCUUGGUAAGACUGAAACUGAUCCAGUUAAAGCCAACACCAAAUCUGAAGUAGGCUCACUGGAGCUGUCAGGGAAGCAGAAGGUACCUGAAACGGAAGCUCCUGAGGAUCCUGAGCUAGAUCUUUCUGUGUCCAACCCCAAAACCCCAAAGCGUCCCAAAAUAAAAGAAUAA